AUGUCGACUUCAACGCAAAUUCCCGGAUCCCGAUUCGGCGCAGGAAACAACAGCCGUCCGUCUAGUAAAGAUGGCCCCAAGAAGAACAUUUGGUCGUCGUUGUUGGAUAAUGUGGCAAAUGGAAAGCGCUUGCCUGAGAAGAACCUCUUGAUUCUAGAUACCCUAUCCGCCAACCCUUCGGAUCCUAGUCUAUCGGACGAGAAGCGGAAAGGGAGGGUGCCACCUGUCGCCAACCAGUUUGCACUGGGAUAUACGUAUCAGGAUGUGCUGGAUGCUGAUCAGGAAGAUACUCUGGCACGCGUCUCCGCAUACCUCCUUUCUGAGCCUUCGUUGUCCUUCGCUCCCCUCCUUAAGCCGCUCCUCACCCCUCAAUCUAUCCCAGAAACGUUGGUCGUCAUCCUGCUAGACUGGUCUGACCCGUGGACCUGGGUCCGGCGACUUCGAGAAUGGGUUCGCCUCUUGCGACAUGUGCUCGUCUCCCUUGACGACGAGACGAAGAUCGUGAUGGAAGAAAUGAUGACAGAGUGGCGAGACCGGAAGAGAGGCAUGGACGCAGCAGGCGCCCAAGGCCUGUCGGGGUCCGGUGGACCGGUUACAAUGCCUCUGGGUCCAGGGGAAUGGGACGAAGGUCUAGGCAUCCCGAUGUGUGUCGUAUGCCAAGGGGCAGACAAGAUCGAAAAGCUCGAGAAAGACCACGGCUGGCAUGAAGAGGAGUUCGAUUUCAUUCUACAGUUCCUCCGAACGAUCCUUCUCAAACAUGGCGCCUCCCUCAUCUAUACAACCCCUUUCCUUGCAAACUCCCUCCAGAGCCUCAUUCACUCUUCUCUCGGCAUACACUCCCUCCUGAAGAGGCAGUCACUCAAGCACAACGUCAUUGAUCGCGAUAAGAUCCUUGUCCCAUCGAACUGGGAUUCAUGGGGCAAGAUCCGGAUUAUCAGAGAAGGCUUCGACAUGGAAGGUGUAUCGACUGCGUGGUCCAUCGAGAUCCAGGAUCUGCCAGAGCCUUUAACCAACGGACCGGCUGAUGAUAAACCCGAGGAGGACCCAAGCGGGAUGGAUGAUCGGUCCAGCGCGGUGACGAUCUUCGAACAGACGAUUAAAGAUCCGAAACGAGAUACCUCCAUGGUCCACCCGGGCAGCCAACAAAGCAGUAAUAAGAUCGAGAUCGAAACCAGUGACAUGCAGAGCUUCCUGACAAAGGAACUCGAGGUCCUGGAGAAACUGAAGGCGGAAGACGACAAGGACCGAGCGGCGAAGCAAGUUCCACAACUGGAGAUGUCUCCGCUUGAAGAUAACGGGCGUGUGAAUGAACACAUAGGCCCUGUUCAGUUCAACAUGGGAGGAAUCCAGGUGGAUGCUGAUGACAUGCUGCGCAAACUUAAAGAGAGAGAAGCCAGUCGGUCUCAGAGAAAGGACACGAUGUCGUCCCCGACAGAUGAGAAAGCCCAUAACCAAGCACUGGCGAACUUCUUCGCAGGGCUGGUUAAGAAGCCUGGCAGCAGUCCGCGCGGGAGUCCAUCAGCUUGA